CGACCAAAUAAAAAUAUUGAUCGAUAAUGUUUUAUUGGCUAUUAAUAUGAAUGCAUCCAUGCAUUCUGUCCAAGACAUACAUGAUCACAUGGCAAAGUAUCUAGCAAUUCCACAGUCUUGGCGUGGGAAAAACUAUGCAUUUGAAUUUGUAGAAUGUAUUAAUGAGACAGUUCAAGCUGAAAUGAUGGCUGAAUUACGAAGUGCCACUUUUCAUACACUUGUAGUUGAUGAGAGCACCGAUAUAUCAGUAAGCAAAAUGCUUAUUUUAUAUGCAAAAUUCCGUCCUUUUAACACUGAUGUUUACAAGACAAUUUUUGCAGGCAUUACAAAAUUAACCAGCUGUGAUAGCGGUUCAGUGACAGAUGCCAUUAAGCAGUUUUAUUCUGAUAAUCACUUGGAUUUGCAGAAAAUGGUGAUGUUCACAUCUGACGGAGCCUCUGUUAUGCUUGGAAAGCAAAAUGGUGUUGCUGCUUGUCUUCGUAACGACAUACCUCAUUUGCUUGAACAACAUUGUGUAGCUCAUCGAGAGGAUUUGGGAAUUGAGGAUGCAUGUAAGAAAGUUUCACUUAUGGGCGACAUUGAGAUGUUUCUUAGAACAGUUUAUACUAUGUUUAGUAGGUCAUCUGUCAAGAAAGCAGAGUUUAAAGAACUCUCAGACGUUCUGGAAUGUGAGACGCUCUCUUUUAAGGCAUUAAAUGAAAAAAUGAGCUGAUGGAGUGGAGAAUUUUCGAUAUGUCUACAUUCAGUGGUACAUUACAUUAUCAACAAGGUUGUCAGGAAAUAGCAACACUUGUUUCAAGAUACUCUGGCGAUUGUUUGCCAUACAAAGAUGAUGACC